AUUUCGGGCUGGGGCGCACUGGCAGGCGAUUGUGGGUCGCGUAUUCUCCUUACGAUACAAUGUUGCCGCGUUUGUAUCUGUGACGCGCUUGGGAAUUAUUGGUGGGGACGAGAAUUUCGGAGGGAAUACUAUGCUAGGAGGAGGGAUGAGCGCCCGUUGACUGUUAUAACUGGAGCCCAGCUAUCCAUAACCAAGAAGAAAUCCAUUAGUUUAUAGACGGGGGAAUUCCUUUACGUAAAAAAUUAGAAUGAAAGAACCUUUGGAUGGUGAAUGUGGCAAAGCAAUGGCACCACAACAGGGGCUUCCGGACAAAAUUAAAGAAGAACCUGACAAUGCUCAAGAGUAUGGACAUGCCCCAAAGCCAAAAACUCAAGAAAGUGAACUGAAAAUUAGUGCUGUGUUUUCAGUUAAUGACAGUCCUCUUGCUCAGCAGUUGACCCCAGGCUUUCAGUUUCCUCUUGCAUCAUCUGGUCCAAAUAGAUGGCUUCCUUCAGUUCCAGUUGUAGCUGUUUGUUCUGGCUGUAAAAAACUGCUCUACAAGGGGCAAACUGCGUAUCAUAAGACAGGAUCUCCUCAUCUCUUUUGCUCCAUGUGGUGCAUCACCAGAUAUCCUUCACCUGUCUGCCUACUACCUCCUCCCAAGAAAACCUGCACAAACUGCUCGAAAGACAUUUUAAAUUCAAAGGAUGUGAUCACAACCCAAUUUGAAAAUUCUUCUCCCAGCAAAGAUUUCUGCAGCCAGUCAUGCCUUUCUUCUUAUGAGCUAAAGAAAAAACCUGUUGUUACCAUAUAUACCAAUAGCAUUUCAACUAAGUGCAGCAUGUGUCAGAAGAAUGCUGAUAUUCGAUUUGAAGUUAAAUAUCAAAAUGUGGUACAUGGUCUUUGUAGUGAUGCUUGUUUUUCAAAAUUUCACUCUACCAACAACCUUACCAUGAAAUGUUGUGAGAACUGUGGGAGCUAUUGCUAUAGUAGCUCUGGUCCCUGCCAGUCCCAGAAGGUUUUCACUUCAACAAGUGUCACAGCAUAUAAGCAGAAUUCAGCCCAGACCCCUCCAUAUGCCUUGGGGAAAUCAUUGAGGCCCUCAGCUGAAAUGAUUGAGACUACGAAUGACUCAGGAAAAACAGAACUUUUCUGCUCUGUUAAUUGUUUAUCUGCUUACAGAGUUAAGACAGUUAUUUCUUCAGGAGUCCAGGUUUCGUGUCAUAGUUGUAAAACCUCAGCAAUCCCUCAGUAUCACCUAGCCAUGUCCAAUGGAACUAUAUACAGCUUCUGCAGCUCCAGUUGUGUGGUGGCUUUCCAGAAUGUAUUUAACAAGCCAAAAGGAACAAGCUCUUCAGCAGUGCCCCUGUCUCAGGGCCAAGGAAGCCCGCCCUCUGGGUCAGUGGUGUCAGCAGGAGGAGGUAGCACCUCUGCCACUUCUGCAAGCAUCAUCAGUGGCUCUGCAGCAGCGGGCCACCAGUCUCCUGCCUCAGAGGCCCAGCAAGUUACUCCUGCGCAUGCAGUUGUUAAACUCAAGUGUCAGCACUGCAACCAUCUGUUUGCCACGAAACCUGAACUUCUUUUCUACAAGGGUAAAAUGUUUCUGUUUUGUGGCAAGACUUGCUCUGAUGACUACAAAAAGAAAAAUAAAGUUAUAGCAAUGUGUGACUACUGUAAACUACAGAAAAUUAUAAAGGAGACUGUACGGUUCUCAGGGGUUGAUAAGCCAUUCUGUAGUGAAGUUUGCAAGUACCUGUCUGCCCGUGACUUUGGAGAACGGUGGGGAAACUACUGUAGGAUGUGUAGUUAUUGUUCCCAGACAUCCCCUAAUUUGGUAGAAAAUCGAUUAGAGGGCAAGUUAGAAGAGUUUUGUUGUGAAGAUUGCAUGUCCAAAUUUACAGUUCUGUUUUAUCAGAUGGCCAAAUGUGAUGCUUGUAAACGACAGGGUAAGCUAAGUGAGUCCAUAAAAUGGCAAGGAAACAUCAAACAUUUCUGUAACCUAUUUUGUGUCUUGGAGUUUUGUCAUCAGCAAAUUACGAAUGACCCUGUUUCACAAAGAAAAGUAAAUAUUUCUAAGGCACCAACUGUUUCAGUGGCGCUCCCUUCUACAAGGACAAAUACAACGCCAGUUAUAACCAGUGUGGUGUCAUUGGCAAAAGUAUCUCCUGCCCAGCCCACAGGGAACACUAACAGUGUUUUGAAAGGUGCAGUAACUAAAGAAGCAACAAAGAUCAUUGAAGAUCAACAACUGCUAUUUUUGAAGAAGAUGAGCCAAAUGUGGAUGGCUGUUCCAUGGUGGCCAAAGAUGGACAGUGUAUCUUCACAUCAAGAAGAAAAUACACGGACAGAUGCCAUGAAACUUCCAUCUUCCCCGUCUUCCAGGCUUUUAAAGAACAAAGCAUUAUUGUGCAAGCCUGUCACACAGACCAAGGCCAUCUCUUGCAAACCACAUACACAACACAAGGAAUGUCAGACAGAUUUACCUAUGCCUAAUGAGCAAAGUGAUAUGGAACUUGAUUCUCCACCUGCAAAGAAAAAAAGAGUAGGUUUUUUCCAGACUUAUGAUGCGGAAUAUUUAAAAGUUGGUUUUAUUAUCUGUCCGGGAUCAAAAGAAAGUUCACCAAGGCCACAAUGCGUCAUUUGUGGAGAAAUCUUAUCUGCUGAAAACAUGAAGCCAGCAGAUCUUUCUCAUCAUUUGAAGACAAAGCAUUCAGAAUUAGAAAAUAAACCAGUAGAUUUUUUUGAACAAAAAUCUCUUGAAACGGAAUGUCAAAACAGUUCUUUUAAAAAGUGUUUACGAGUUGAAAAGUCACUUGUGAAAGCAUCUUACUUAAUUGCUUUCCAAAUUGCUGCCAGCAAGAAGCCAUUCUCCAUUGCUGAAGAAUUAAUUAAACCAUAUUUAGUAGAAAUGUGUUCAGAAGUUUUGGGUUCAAGUGCUGGAGACGAAAUGAAAACCAUUCCUCUUUCUAAUAAUACGAUUGGAUGCAGAAUUGAUGAACUGUCUGCAGACAUUGAAGAUCAGCUGAUUCAAAAAGUCAGAGAGUCAAAGUGGUUUGCCCUUCAGAUAGAUGAGUCUUCAGAAAUCUCAAAUAUCACUCUUCUUUUGUGCUAUAUUCGUUUCAUUGAUUACGAUUAUAGUGACAUAAAAGAAGAAUUAUUGUGUUGUAUUGAAAUGCCUUCUCAAAUAACUGGUUUUGAAAUAUUUGAACUAAUAAAUAAAUAUACUGAUAGUAAAUCUCUGGAUUGGAAACAUUGUGUUGGUCUCUGUACAGAUGGGGCUGUAAGCAUGACUGGCAGGUAUUCUGGCUUAAAGGAAAAAAUUCAAGAAGUUGCGAUGAAUACAGUGGCAUUUACACAUUGCUUUAUUCACCGUGAACAUUUAGCAGCAGAAAAGUUGUCUCCAUGCUUACAUGAAAUACUUUUGCAGUCAGCACAAAUUUUAAGUUUUAUAAAGAGCAAUGCAUUGAAUUCACGUAUGUUAACAAUCUUGUGUGAAGAGAUGGGGGCUGAGCAUGUGAAUUUACCACUUCAUGCUGAAGUACGUUGGAUAUCGAGAGGGAGAAUUUUAAAAAGAUUAUUUGAAUUACGACAUGAAAUUGAAAUUUUUCUAAAUCAAAAGCAUUCAGAUCUGGCCAAGUAUUUUGUUGAUGAGGAGUGGGUUGCAAAGCUGGCCUAUUUAUCAGAUAUUUUUUCACUUAUAAAUGAAUUAAAUUUAAGUCUCCAAGGAACUAUGACUACACUCUUCAACUUGUAUAAUAAAAUGGAUGUAUUUAAAGAAAAGUUAAAAAUGUGGUUGAAGCGCACACAGGAGAAUGAUUAUGACAUGUUCUCCUCAUUUUCUGAAUUCUCAAACUCAUCAGGCUUAAAUAUGAGGAGCAUUGCAAGCAUUGUUUUCGAGCACCUGGAAGGACUUUCUCAAAUGUUCAAUGACUGUUAUCCACCGGAAGACUUACGUUCAGGAAAUUUGUGGAUACUUAAUCCUUUUAUGAAUCACCAAAAUAGCAGUCUCACGGACUUUGAAGAAGAAAAACUGGAACAGUUAUCUUCAGAUUUAGAAUUACAAUCAGUAUUUAAAUCAAUGUCUGUAACUCAGUUUUGGAUAAAUGCAAAGACAAGUUACCCAGAACUUUAUGAAAAGGCAAUGCAAUUUUUAUUGCCUUUUUCAACUAUUUAUUUAUGUGAUGCUACAUUUUCGGCUUUGACUGAGUCAAAACAAAGGAAUCUGUUGGUUUCUGGCGCUGCCCUAAGACUUGCAGUCACAUCUUUAAUUCCAAGGAUAGAAAAAUUAGUAAAGGAGAAAGAAUAGUAAAUGCAUAUUGCUUAUUAUCAAAUUCUAUACUUUUGUGUUAAAUUUUGUAUGAGAUAAGUAUCCUAAAAUAUAAUUUCCUAAUGUGGAUAUGUGCUUUCAGUGAUUAAAUGUUUUAAUAAUUUUUC